AUGGACGGCGACGAGCUUAUUGCCUCGGUCUACCGCAAGAUCGAGCGGGAGAAGGCCCUCAUCGCCGCCGCCACUAACAUGCGGCAGUCAACCGACAAUCCCCAAGUCCAACAACAAGUCGAUACCAACAUCCGCGAUGGCCGUAAGAAUAUCGCCUACCUUGAGGAGAAGAUGCGAGAACUUCAGAUUCGUCAUAUGGAACAGCAGAGUGGUGGCUCUCCUGGUGGUCAGCGUCAGGGUCCUGGGCCCACGCCGCCCCCCAAAGACUCCGCCGGAUACUUUGGAGGUGAGGGGGAUGGUUUGGACUACCCCCAACCUGGUUCAGGUUCCAUGCCAUCUGGUGCUCCUUUUCCCGAUCCUCGACCUUACGCCCCGGCUCCCAAGGCGCGCCCCAAUUACACAAAGCUUGAUCUAAUCAAAUAUGAUACCCAAUACCUCGGACCGAAGAUUCAACUCAUGCUGUCCCAACUCGAAUUCAAGCUGAGCGUGGAGAAACAAUACAAGGCUGGAAUUGAGAAGAUGGUCCGCUUGUAUCAGGAUGAAGGCGAUCGGAAGAGUCGCGCGGAUGCUGAAGGCCGUCGCAUUGAGAGUAAUCAGAAGAUUCAGCUGCUCAAGCAAGCCCUAAAACGAUACGAGGAUCUGCACGUUGACAUUGAAUCCUCGGAUGCUGCAGAUGAUGAGAGUCUUAGCAGCCCCAAUAUGCGCAAGCCGUUGACCGGUCUCUUAACUAUGCGCAUCCACGCCGUGAAGGAGGUGGAUCAUGCAACCAGCUCUCGAUUCUCUCGUGGUCCAGAGACAUACAUCAUUGUCAAGGUGGAAGAUGCGAUCAAGGCACGAACUAAGGCCUCGCGAAACGAUAAGUGGUUGGACGAGUCAUUCUCCAUUGACAUUGACAAGGCAAACGAGAUCGAGCUGACAGUCUAUGAUAAAUCCGGGGAUCGCCCCACUCCCAUCGGUAUGCUGUGGGUUCGUAUCUCUGAUAUCGCGGAGGAGAUGCGUCGUAAGAAGAUCGAGACGGAACUGAAUGCUGCUGGGUGGGUUUCUGCCGACAAGAUGGGUGAUUCGGGUACUCCUCGAUCUGAUCACCAUCCUGGCUCGCCGGGUUCAUCGCACGGCGGUGCUAGCUUUGGAGCAAUGGGUCCUCCUAUGGGACAACAAGCUGGAGGCAAUCCAAACGCCCCUCCCUCGGUGAUGAUUGAUUCAUGGUUCGCCUUGGAGCCUUUCGGUCGAAUUCACCUCUCCAUGAGCUUCGCCAAACAACUGAAGGAUCGUCGUCCCUUCGACAUCGGUCUCAACCGUCAAGGUGCCGUGCGUCAAAAGAAAGAAGACAUCCACGAGAAGCAAGGUCACAAAUUCGUCACUCAACAGUUUUACAACAUCAUGCGUUGUGCGCUCUGUGGAGAAUUCCUCAAGUAUGCUGCGGGUAUGCAGUGUUCGGAUUGCAAGUACACCUGUCAUCGUAAAUGCUAUUCAAAGGUUGUCACCAAGUGUAUCAGCAAGGCCAACUACGAGACCGACCCCGACGAGGAGAAGAUCAACCACCGGAUUCCCCACCGCUUCGAGGGAUUUUCCAACAUCUCGGCGAACUGGUGCUGCCACUGUGGAUACUUACUUCCCUUUGGACGCAAGAACGCCAAGCGCUGUACCGAAUGCUCGCUUACAUGCCACGCUCACUGCACUCAUCUGGUUCCUGACUUCUGCGGCAUGUCCAUGGAGACGGCGAACGAGAUCAUCCAGGCCUUGAGUCAGACCAAGAACCACAAGCCCGCACCUGUCAGUACCGGCCUUAAGCAAACCCUUCGACCCGGUGCAUCGCCGUCUUCCCAAGACAAUGCCGCCCUUUCAUACCCCCAGCGGCCCACCAGCAGCUCACAUGGAGCAAUUCCCCGGCCAACAUCGGCUGAAGCGGUAAGCGCUGCGACUAACUCCUUCCUCCCUCCACAGUCACCAACAGUACUUCCACAGGCUUCCGCACGCCAACCCGUUCAACCAAAAUCGCCCAUAUCGGCGGUUCCCUCUCCAGAUGCAAUCACCGGUGCCGUAGCUGCCACAAGGAUGGGCAGUCCUCAGCAGACUCCAAGUGAAAUGAUCCGACCCCCAGUGCUACCUCCGCAACAGCAAGCACCUCAAAUCCCAGCCUACAAUCCAGAAGUAUACGCUAGUGUUCAAAAUCCUGCUCCUCGGACGCAACAAAUCCCACCCAUGGCCACAGGCCCCCAGGGGCCGAGAUACCCAAUGCCUCACUCGCCACAGCAAGUGCAGCAAGUGCAGCAGGUUCAGCCACCCGUGCAGAGGCCCGUACAGCCGGCACCACAGCCGCCAGUGGCAGCUGUUCAAAAGCAACCAGAGAUGCCCCCACCUCAGCAAAGAACUCGUAUUGGAUUGGAUCACUUCAAUUUCUUGGCUGUUCUUGGAAAGGGUAACUUCGGUAAGGUCAUGUUGGCUGAAACUAAGACUACUCGCAAACUGUACGCCAUCAAGGUGUUGAAGAAGGAAUUCAUCAUUGAGAACGAUGAAGUCGAGAGUACCAAGUCAGAAAAGCGGGUGUUCCUGGUUGCUAACAAGGAGCGUCAUCCCUUCUUGUUGAACUUGCAUGCUUGUUUCCAAACGGAGACUCGUGUUUACUUCGUUAUGGAGUAUAUCAGUGGUGGUGAUCUGAUGCUGCACAUUCAGCGUGGUCAAUUCGGUCUGAAGCGAGCACAAUUCUAUGCCGCUGAGGUUUGCUUGGCGCUCAAGUACUUUCAUGAAAACGGUGUCAUUUACCGUGAUUUGAAGCUUGAUAACAUUCUCUUGACUCUGGAUGGUCACAUUAAGAUUGGUGAUUAUGGUCUCUGCAAGGAGAACAUGUGGUAUGGCUGCACCACCAGCACUUUCUGUGGUACUCCCGAGUUCAUGGCCCCUGAGAUUCUACUGGACAAGAAGUACGGUCGUGCUGUUGAUUGGUGGGCAUUUGGUGUCUUGAUCUACCAAAUGCUUCUCCAGCAGUCUCCAUUCCGUGGUGAGGAUGAGGACGAAAUUUACGACGCUAUUCUUGCGGAUGAGCCUCUCUACCCUAUUCACAUGCCCCGCGACUCGGUUUCUAUCCUACAGAAGUUGCUUACCCGUGAACCUGAGCUUCGACUCGGCUCCGGCCCUACUGAUGCUCAAGAGGUCAUGUCGCAUGCUUUCUUCCGUAACAUCAACUGGGAUGAUAUUUACCACAAGCGUGGUGCUCCUCCAAUGAUCCCCACUAUCAGCAGUCCUACUGAUACUAGCAACUUCGACCAGGAGUUCACCAGUGUGACUCCGGUUUUGACCCCUGUUCAAUCUGUGCUGUCCCAAGCCAUGCAGGAAGAAUUCCGUGGCUUCUCUUACACUGCUGAUUUUGCUUGA